CAUAAACACACAGUUAUAAGCUGUUGCCAAGAGUGAACGGGUUCACUUAGUUGGUGGCCGCGAGCGAUAUACUUUUUGAUUUUCUCUUUUCGGCGACCAGAACGGCACAAAUAUGAGCAAGAUCGUUUCCGUCGACGUCAAAGAUAUACGCUUCCCCACCUCCUUGCAGUCGGAUGGUUCUGAUGCGAUGCACACCGAUCCCGACUACUCUUGCGCCUAUGUAUCGGUCAAAAUCGCGUCUGGACUCGAAGGCUACGGUCUCACUUUCACCAACGGCAGGGGUACCGAGGUGGUUGUUCAGGCGGCCAAAUCGUUGAGCGCCCUCGUCGUCGGCAAAUCGGUCGACGAUAUCUACAAAGACUUCGGCAAUUUCUGGAGGUCACUGACUAGCGAAAGUCAAAUGAGAUGGAUCGGACCCGAAAAGGGAGUUAUCCAUCUGGCCACCGCCGCCAUCAUUAACGCCCUGUGGGACCUCUGGGGCAAGAUCGAGAAGAAACCCGUCUGGCGCCUCCUGGCCGACCUCUCUCCCGAGGCUCUCGUCUCCUGUAUCGAUUUCAGGUACCUGUCAAACGUCAUCACCAAGGAGGAAGCCCUGCAGCUGCUCAAGCAGGGCGAGGCCGGCAAGCAGGACAGGAUCAAGGUCCUGCUGGACAAAGGGUACCCCUGCUACACGACCCAAGCCGGCUGGCUAGGUUAUAGCGACGCAAAAAUUAAAAAGUUGGCCAACAAGUAUAUGGAUCUGGGUUAUACCGCUUUCAAGGUCAAGGUGGGCAAGAAUUUGCAGGACGAUAUCAAGCGGCUCGAGCUCAUCAGGAGCGUCAUCGGCUGGGAUAAAAUUCUGAUGGUGGACGCGAACCAAGUCUGGGAGGUCCAGGAGGCCAUUGACUGGAUGAAGCAGCUCGCCAAGUUCAAGCCGCUGUGGAUCGAGGAACCGACCAGUCCCGAUGACGUCCUCGGCCACGCCCAGAUCGCCAAAGCUUUGAAACCGCUCGGUAUAGCGGUAGCCACUGGAGAAAUGUGCUGCAACCGUGUACUGUUCAAGCAGUUCCUUCAGGCCGAGGCCCUCGAGUACUGUCAGAUCGACUCGGCCAGGAUCGGAGGCGUCAACGAGAUCCUCAGCGUAUACCUAAUGGCGAAGAAAUUAGGUGUAAAGGUGUGUCCACACGCGGGCGGAGUCGGCCUCUGCGAGAUGGUGCAGCACCUGCAGAUGUGGGACUUCGCCUCCUUGUCGGCGACUAGCGAGGGCAAAGUGAUAGAGUUCGUGGACCAGCAACACGAGCACUUCGUCGACCCCUGUAUCAUCAAGAACGCGCACUAUCUCGCGCCCAGGGCGCCCGGAUACAGCACUACCAUGAAGACGGAAGCGAUAGAGAACUACGAGUACCCGAACGGCAAGGAAUGGCAGCUGAUGUUCUCCAAGGGGAUCUUCCAGGACCCGACGAAGGUCCAGUAGGUUAAUUGUAAUCGCUAACUUGUAUAGGAAUCGAAUAAAGGCCGAUUUUGAAUGGAA